CUCCAGUCUUUUGUCUCUUCACAUAAAUCCGACGUAUACAACUGUCACUCUGUGGACGAAACCUCAUACAAUACACUCCCAUACGCUUGCGCUUACUCACACUCUGCGAAAUCUGGUCAGACUCCUCUCCUCGCCAUUGCCACCGAGCAAGGCUCUAUUCACGUCGUGAACACCCGUACUCGGCGCGACUGGGAGUGCGAGCCCCCGCGCACCGUCCUCACCCCGCACGCCAACGGCGUCUUUGACAUCAAGUGGUCGCCCUCCGACAAGCUCCUCGCAACCGCGUCAGGUGACCACUCCGUGCGCAUCUCUACGCUCGCGCCGGACGUGUCCCCGGAGGAUAGUAUUCUGCACGUACUCCACGGACACACAGGCACGGUCAAGUGCGUCGCGUGGAACCCUGCGUAUGACGGCGAGGUGCUCUGCACGGGUGGGCGUGAUGGCGGGAUCUGUGUGUGGGAUCUACGGGUUGGUGAGAGGCGCACCAGUACGCGCAGGAUGACGCGUAGUGGGGCAGGCUACGAAGCGGAAGAGAGCGAGGCGCUCCAACCGGUCCUCAGCAUACCAGGAGCACACGAAGAUGGCAAGCCUUCAAAACCAAGAGGUAGGAAGGGCAAGGGGAUGCUUGCCGCGGCCAUGCGGAGCAUCACCAGCCUUGCCUAUAUUCCAGGGUGCCCUCACACCCUGGUCAGCAGCGGUUCCUACGAUGGCGUCCUGCGCCAAUGGGACCUCCGCCUGCCCACCUCCAAGAAGACAGCCAAAUCCAAAGCCGUACCCAGGCCAGUCCUGACCUCCGCCGAUCCAACAACCUUCCAAGGCUCUCGGCGCGCACGGGGGAUCACAACGCUCAUCCCAGGCACAGGCCCCUCGGCAGGGCACCUGUUCGCCCUCGGGACCGACUCGCGCAUACACACCUUCGCACUGCCCUCGCUGGAGCCACUCUCAGGGUACCUCUCGCCAGACCACGCGGAUCCAUUCGCGUACACACACAUGCAGAUGCAGACAAACUCGUUCUAUACCCACGCGGCGCUCUCGCCGUGCGGGCAGUGGCUUGCGAGCGGGAGCACGGCGUAUGGUCAAGUGUUUCUGUUUGAUGUAGGGAGGAGCUCUACGGGGUGGGCGAGCAGGGAACUCGCGCAGGCUGUGAUGCUGAGAGGGCAAAAGGGCGAGGUGGGUGCGCUGGAUUGGGCGGAAGGAAUGCUGGCGACGUGCGCCGACGACGCAACAGUAAGGGUUUGGAGACCAGACGUGGGUGUGCACAGACACUGUUUGCGGGAUAGUGAGGAGAUGCGGUGGCAUUGGAGCUGGGCUAUGGACGAGUAG